GGAGCUGCAGCAUCGUCUCAUUCCGCCGCUGGACACAGAGGUGUGCAUGUCAGCCCUCGCCGUCAUCCUAGAGAUAACACACGGAAAAAAACGCACUGUUUUGAUUGUGCUGUCCCACUACGACUGCUACCGUAGCUACAUCGCUUUGUUGUGUUCGGCAGUGGGGCUGGGUCCAGUUAAAUUGCAGCCGCAGCUACCUCAUCUUUAGCAUCUAGCGGCGCUAGCCUCCGCCAGUGUUUCUCUAUGGGGAGGUUAGCAUUGAGCUAACUUACGAGAGCUAACGUUAGCUACCGGUUAGCCUAUCAUGCCAUACAUACGCCCCAAUUAAUUAUACUGUAAUAACUUAAACAUUUCGACUACUGGUGUAAAAAAAUAUAUGAGAAAUAACAUUGUUUAUACAGAAAGAGUGCAGGAUCUCCGCAUGUGAAGGAGCAGCCUGUGUGGUGUUUGACAGCUCCGGGACAUGGAGCCCUCGGGCAGGGCAGCAGCCACGCCGGACGCGCUGGACUUCACCGUGGAAAACGUAGAAAAGGCCCUCCACCAGUUGUAUUAUGAUCCCAACAUUGAAAACAAGAAUCUGGCUCAGAAAUGGCUAAUGCAAGCUCAAGUGUCACCUCAGGCCUGGCAGUUUUGCUGGGCCCUGCUGAGCCCAGAUAAGGUGCCAGAGAUCCAGUACUUUGGUGCCAGUGCACUCCAUACCAAGAUCUCUAGGUACUGGUCAGAUAUACCUACGGACCAGUAUGAGUCUCUGAAGAGCCAGCUGUUCUCCCAGAUUGCUUGCUUCUCCUCCGGCUCCAAGAUGGUGCUCACCCGGCUGUGCGUGGCACUAGCCUCUCUGGCACUCAACACCAUGCCUGAGGCCUGGCCUGGUGCAGUGUCAGAAAUGGUGCGGGUGUUUCAGGAGGAGGGGGGAGGGGUGGAUGGGCGGGCACGCUGCCUGGCUCUGCUGGAGCUCCUCACCGUCCUCCCUGAGGAGUUCCAAACCAGCCGCCUACCGCAGUACCGAAAGGGACAGGUCCGGGGAGCCCUGGGCCGGGAGUGGGGGUCAGUCUGUCCCUUACUGCAACAACUCCUUCGGAGAACAGAUAGCCCGGGGGCCGUGAAAGCUCGCGUGCUGCGCUGCUUGUCAUCAUGGGUGCUGCUGGAUGUGCCCCUCAGCGAGAGUGAAGGCCUGGUGCAUGACUGCUUCAGUGCCCUGCCCGACCCAGAGCUCUUCGACACAGCGGUUGAAGCAAUAGUUAAUGCCAUCUCGCAACCUGACUCCCAAAGAUAUGUGAACACUCUGCUGAAACUGGUUCCUCAAGUGCUGGCCUUGCAGGAGCAGCUCCGAGAGGCUGUUCAGAAUGGAGACAUGGAGACCUGCCAUGGGAUCUGCCGGAUUGCCGUCACACUGGGAGAGAACCACUCCAAGACGUUGCUGGAGCAGGUGGACCACUGGCAGAGCUUCCUGGCUUUAGUCAACAUGAUCAUGUUUUGUACAGGCAUCCCUGGCCACUACCCGGUCAAUGAGACCACCAGCUCCCUCACGCUCACCUUCUGGUACACAUUACAAGAUGAAAUUAUGUCGUUCGAGUCUGACAAGCAGGCAGUGUAUCUUCAGGUCUACAGGCCAGUGUAUUUCCAGUUGGUGGAUGUUCUGCUACACAAAGCCCAGUUCCCCUCUGACCAGGAGUAUGCAACCUGGUCCUCGGAUGAAAAAGAGCAGUUUAGGAUUUAUAGGGUGGACAUUUCUGACACACUUAUGUACGUAUAUGAGAUGCUUGGAGCAGAGCUGCUGAGCAACCUCUAUGAUAAACUAGGAAGACUGUUGACCAAUGCAGACCAGCCUACAUCAUGGCAGCACACAGAAGCUUUGCUGUAUGGCUUCCAGUCCAUAGCAGAGACGAUAGAUGUGAAUUACUCCGACGUCAUCCCAGGAUUGAUAGGACUUAUCCCGAGAAUCAACAUCAACAACGUCCAAUUAGCAGACACAGUAAUGUUCACUAUAGGUGCUCUGGCUGAGUGGUUGGCAGACCACCCCGUCAUGCUCAGCAGCGUCCUGCCCUUGGUGUUACAGGCAUUAGGGAACCCAGAUCUUUCAGUUUCUUCUGUUUCAACACUCAAGAAAAUCUGCAGGGAGUGCAAAUAUGACCUGCCUCCAUACGCAACCAACAUAGUAGCAGUUUCCCAGGAGGUGCUCAUAAAACAGAUCCACAAGACAAGUCAAUGUAUGUGGCUGAUGCAAGCUCUUGGUUUCCUGCUCUCCGCUCUUCCUGUGGAGGACAUCUUAAGAAACCUUCACUCUCUCAUCACCCCUUACAUUCAGCAGCUGGAGAAGCUGGCAGAUGAGACGCCGAAUCCCUCUAAUAAACUGGCGAUCAUCCACAUCUUGGGGCUGCUGUCCAACCUGUUCACGACGCUCGACAUCAGCAAGCAAGAUGAUGAGUCAGCGGAGGGCUCGGCGCCACCUGCCAAAACAACCCCACCCACACCCGGACCAAACCCGGUGGUGGUGGUUUUGCAGCAAGUUUUUGCUCUCAUACAGACGGUACUGAGCAAAUGGCUCAACGAUUCGCAAGUUGUAGAGGCGGUGUGUGCCAUCUUUGAGAAGUCAGUGAAAACGCUCCUCCAUGACUUCGCUCCCAUGGUGUCUCAGCUAAGUGAGAUGCUGGGGCAGAUGUACAGUACGAUCCCCCAGGCCUCAGCCCUCGACCUCACACGACAGAUGGUGCAUAUCUUCGCCAGUGAGACGGACCACUUCCCACCAAUCAAGGCUCUGUUUGAGCUGGUUACCUCGGUAACACUGUCAAUCUUCCAGCAAGGACCCAGGGAUCAUCCUGAUAUUGUUGAUUCAUUUAUGCAACUCCAAGCUCAGGCCCUCAAACGGAAGCCCGAUUUGUUCUUGUCUGAGAGUCUAGACGUGAAAGCAGUUUUCCACUGUGGAAUCCUGUCACUCAAAUUUCCCGAAGCUCCGACCGUCAAGUCAACGUGCUUGUUCUUUACUGAGCUGUUACCUCACUGUUCAGACGUGCCUCCCGUGGCGAGGGUGGUGCAGGAGGACGGAAAGCUGCUGGUACAAGCUGUGUUGGAGGGUAUCGGGGGUGGGGCAUCUCGGAGUCUGAUGGACCAGUUUGCUGAAGUAUUGUUCAGUAUGAACAAGAACUGCUUUUCUCUGCUCGCUGUGUGGUUGAAGGAAGUACUGCAGCCUCCAGGAUUCCCUUCAUCCCGGGUCACCGUUGAGCAGAAAGACAACUUCUCAAAUCAGAUACUCAGAGAACGAGUGAACAAGAGAAGAAUUAAGGACAUAGUGAAGGAAUUCACAUUACUGUGCCGAGGUCUCCAUGGGACAGAGUACGCUGCUGAAUACUGAAAUUCACUCCUUGAACUCUCAUCUAACCUGUGACCUCUGACCUCAGUGCAAACCAGCUGGAUGCCACAGCAACAUAGUUCUCUCCAUCCCCAUGAAGAUAUGAAAUGAUUGUAACGAUGACCCAACCCAGUCACGGGACAAGACGUGGAGCCAUUCCAGCACAGACCUGCCAUCAGAUCAACAGACUUUAAUCCUGGUGGCUUCAUGGAGGCCAUCCUCUCUGCUCCUCGGAUUAUUUUCUCCUAUAUGAUUAACUCUCUCCCUCUGUCCCUCCCCUUAUCUCUUCUUUAAAGGUCUUUCUGUUGGAAGGGCUUUGAGCGGCACACCCAGCAUGCCGUCUCAUGCCUCCUUCUGUCUCUGACUUGUGCUGCAUUUCUAAAUCUUCCUGUGGUUCCUUGGUUGUUUGCUGGUGAUUAGCAUCCAUAUGAAAUGGUAGUGGUAUCGUACGUAGCUACUUGACAUUAAUUUUCAAAGUAAAUCAAAUGACUUAUAUAAAUGUAUAUGUAUACACAUAUAGAACGAGUGGUUUUCAGUCCAGCUGCUGCUAGUGAGAGGAGAAGGCUUGAUGUUUAGGAGGGGACUCUGCAGAAAGCAUAUCAGAACAAUAAUGCCCCUUUUGACCUCCACACAUUUGCCAAAUUGUGAAUUGUUUUCUGAAUUUAUAUAUAUAUAUUUUUAUUAAAGACCUUUUAGGGAAGUAUGAGUAGAAAAGAGGAGCUGAAGACCACGUAACUUGGACUAAAAUGAGUGAUUUCUCGCCAAGCCUUCGAUCUAUGGGGCUGUACCUCAUGUACAUAAAAUUCCAUCCAGUCAUACUGCAGUCCCCCCGGGUUGUAGAUGCAGUGGUCCCUGCGGUAAAGUGGGACCGCCCAGAGUGAUGCCUAGAGGGAAACGGGAUCAUAGCAACUAAGAGAGGGGAGAGUUGUGGAAAGAGGGGAAAAAAGCAGAGAAAUGAACUGAGCUUACGGAGGAAUUUAUUAUCCUGACAGUGGACUGCUUAGUCACUGUAACUGUGCAAAAAUAUUAAUCAAGUUGUGCAUAUUAACGGUUAUUGCUGAACACUUUGUGAAUUUGAGUGUAUGAGUGUGUUCAUACCUGUAUGAAUGGGAGAUUGCAUGUGUGCGUGGACAAAUGUAUCUUUUUUUUUUCCACUUAUUCAGUGCACUUAUAUCGGACCUACAGUACAAAUGCAUAGUUUUCCUUUCUUUGGUUCAGAGAGCCUCAUUUCUUCACACCACGCUCACCAAGGCGACUCUUCAAGAAAGAAAAAAAAAAGCUGAGCCGGGACUUCCAGUAUUUCACCUCAGCAGCUGCACCUAUCUAUACCACGUCCUUUUCAUGUUCAUAAUCAAUGACCAGAUUCAUCAAUCAGUCUGCUAUUGACAGCAGUGGUUGCUCUUAUCAAAUUGCUUGUGAACAGGUGCCCCAGAGUCCUCUCGCUCAUCGGGUUCACCGUCUUGGAGAGAGCCAGGAAGGAUUACAAGACAUGUCUGACUGGAAAAGUCACUGACCGCGUCAUUCUGUGCUCACCCAUCACAGCUGAGACACUACUGACGACGUGAUGCGAGGGCUGUAAAAUACACCACCUAGUGAAUCAGCAGGACCAACUGACGUCUAAUAACACUCAGCAUUGAAAUGUACUUUGCGGUCUCUGAUAAAACUAUAUCUUAGUCUAAUCCUACUGUCUUAUCCGAGGUGCCUGCAGACAUGUAGCAUGUAUGUGUUUUGGGUGGGUGGGGUUCAGGGGACAAAAUGAAAUUAUGGAUGUGAGAGACACUGCAGAAAGAUGUGAUUUAGACUGAUACCUUAGGCAGGAGUUAAGUCUGAAGUGAGCUUCUCUGCUUCUCAUGUGAGCAAUGAAUGUGUUGACGUUCAACUCUGAUCCCUGGUCCGUUGAUGGUCCUAGUUUGAAAUGAGAAAAUUACCAUUGUUUGUCUAAGGCUAGCUUGAGAGUUUUAGGUGGUGAAGGGGUGGGAUAAAUGAAAUGUAUUUUUUUUUUCUUUUUUGUACCUUGGCUUUAAUUUAUUAAAUAUAUCUAAGACUGUG